CGGUGGCCCAACUGAGCAUUCCCGCGGCCGUGUUGUUGUGGCUGGCCGCUCAGCGACUCCCUUCGCUGCUGACCGCGGUGACAAACGUUAGCCUGGCGGUGCUGGCGCUGUACUCCGGAUACUGGUUGUUGUGGUACGCCCGGCGAGCACUCUUCAAUGGACUCGUUGAUCCGAAAGGGAAGUGCGUUCUCAUAACAGGUUGUGACACAGGCUUUGGUCACUUGUUGGCAAUGCAGCUGGCCAGAGAAGGAUUCUUCGUUUACGCGGGGUGCUUAGAUGGAAACGGCGUGGGCGCGAAAGUACAUAAAGAACGUAGAGAACACCUUAGUGCUUCAGAUGGACGUCACCAAAGAAGAAGAGAUAAAUCAAGCGCUGGAGGUGGUAGAAAAACACUUGGACGGGAAAGAGCUGUGGGCAGUUGUGGCCAACGCUGGAGUCGCCUACUUGGGCUACGUUGAGUGGCAGCCCAUGAGCAGAGUGCGGUCUGUUUUCGAUGUAAACACGUUUGGAGCCCUGUCGGUUUCAACAGCCUUCUUGCCACUGCUGAGGAAAUCACGGGGAAGGCUGGUCCUCGUGACAAGCUUCUUGGGUCGUAUAACUAUGCCUGAGUACCUGGCCUACUGCAUGUCCAAGUGUGCUACAACUUCUCUGGCUGACGGCCUUCGCCGGCAGUACUUCAACAACGGCCUCCGCGUAUGCAUUGUUGAGCCAGGAGCAUACAGAACAGCGCUGGUGAACCACUUGCGGAUGGAAGAAUUGUUCGACCGGGACCUGGACUUACUUUCCGACAGGGUGCGCAAACGAGUCAACGAUAAGGUCGUCGCUUACUUCAAGCACACUGCCGACAUCCUUCACUCGUUGUUCAUGAGGGGCGAGCUUCAGGAAGUGGUCGACGCGAUGAAGAUGGCCGUUCAAGAGAAACUGCCUCGUGCCUCAUACACUCCUGGAGCUAGCACGCUCAACGUGGUUCGAUGGCUGCACAACGUAACGCCAACCGAGCUGGUCGACGAAGUGAUGGACGCGGCGCGCAGACUAUCCACGCUCAUAAAAAGAAAGUAAAC